UUUGGCAACGUUCACUUAUUUUAAUGUUUAUGAUUCGCUGAGAAAAGUGAUUUUUGUGUUUCUGAAAUUCAGAUGUUUGCAAAAACGCUUAAAAGUGUGCUGAAAAUGGAUAAAAUGAUAACUUAGAAAAAAACUCCAUAGAUCUUAUGCCAAUGUUCCUACGUAUCCUACCCCCAACGUUUUAAGUCUAUAGUUAUAAAUGCCUAGAGAGAGAAAAACUGCUGCAAAAUUCAAAGGGGAUCCUGAUGGCCCCGGGGAAAUAAAAUUCCCUGGUCAGCCAGAGAGUCCAUCAACAAAAAAGCGAAGAACUGGGGGUACUCCAAACCAGAUCAGUCCAGCGCAACCAGAUUUUAUUCCACCACCACCAUUAACUGGUUUUGGGGAAACAAUUGUUGCAAGCAACCCUUUUGAUGACACCGUACCAGCAGCAACUACCACUUCAGUUCCCAAUAUGCCUAUGCCUAAUAUGACGCACAUGUCUGGCCCACCGAUGCACACCAAACCUGUUCCAAUGUCAUCUGGCAAGGUUUAUCCACCUGAUCAGCCGAUGAUUUUUAACCCACAAAAUCCAAAUGCCCCACCUAUUUACCCCUGCGGUAUAUGUCACAAAGAAGUGCAUGACAAUGACCAAGGUAUUCUGUGCGAGAGUGGCUGCAAUUUCUGGUUCCACAGGGUCUGCACAGGCCUCUCUGACAUUGCGUUCCACCUUUUAUCUGCAGAAGUGUACGCUGAAUGGGUGUGCGAUAAGUGCCUAUCAUCAAAAAAUAUCCCCCUUGUUAAGUUUAAACCAUAAAAGUGCCUUUUUUGUUGUUGCUCUCUGAGUUGUGUUAUGUAUAGUGUGUUGACAAAUCAUUCAUAAGAAAGUGGUUUUUAUGUCUGUUAAAGAUGAUAUGUAGAAUAGGUUUUAUGAAACUAAUACUAGUUAAUGUCAUCUCUUGCUCAUUUUCCCAAUAAAUUAUUUUAGUACCAUA